AUGUGUUUGGUUCAGGGUCAUGGCGUGUUGGAGAUGCCGUCGGGGACGGGGAAGACGGUCUCGCUGUUGUCUCUCAUUGUGGCCUAUCAGAGGACGUAUCCCCUGGAAGUGACGAAGCUGAUUUACUGUUCCAGGACCGUCCCGGAAUUGGAGAAGGUGGUGGAGGAGCUGAGGAAGCUGAUGGAAUACAUCCAAUCUCAGACCGGGGAGAAGCUCAACUUCCUGGCCCUGGCGCUAAGCUCCCGCCGCAACCUGUGCGUCAAUCCAGAGGUUAGCGCUCUGCGGUUUGGAAAGGAAGUGGACGGCCGGUGUCACAGUCUCACGGCUUCCUUCAUCCGGACCCAACGACAGAGAGAUCCCUCCAUCCCCUUCUGCCGAUACUUUGAGGAAUUUGAUUCUAUUGGCCGGGAGACGCCCCUCCCCCCCGGUAUCUAUAACUUGGAUGAUCUGCGGACGCUCGGGCGGCAGCGGGGGUGGUGUCCUUACUUCCUGGCCCGUCAUGCUCUCUCUCAGUGUAAUGUAGUCGUGUACAGUUACCACUACCUGCUGGACCCCAAAAUCGCCGACCAGGUCUCCCGCGAGCUCGCCAAAAAAUCCGUUGUGGUCUUUGAUGAGGCUCAUAAUAUUGGUGAGUCAUGUGAUGUCACAGUCUCCUCCCGCUCUAUUUCGGAGGGAUCUCCGGGAUCAGAAGGUGAAUAUUUCUGUAUUUUUAGGAUUAAAGAGUGUGAUGAGCAGAAGCUGAAGCAGGAAUACUCCCGGCUGGUGGAAGGUCUGCGCGAGGCCAACAUCGCCAGGGAGACAGACGUGUACCUGGCCAAUCCCGUGUUACCGGACGAGAUCCUCCAAGAGGCCGUCCCGGGAUGCAUCCGCACCGCACAGCACUUCCUGGGAUUCCUGCGGAGGUUCGUUGGCUACGUGAAGUCUCGUCUGCGCUCAGGUCAUGUGACACAGGAAGGCCCGGCCGCGUUUCUGCGUGAUCUGUAUGAGAAAGUAUGCAUCGAACGCAAGCCAAUGAGGUGAGUGC